AUGGGUCUGCUCAGUUCUGGCAUCCCAGAUACGCCGGUAGCACGGGUGGAAACGCCAGUUCCGACCCGAGGAGGUAGCGGCAGUCGGGGCGGAGGCGGUAGGGGCGGAGGCGGCAGUCGUGGCACCGGCCACGUCGGUGGGCGCACUGGCAGCGGGGCUGGCAUUCCGAGUGGCAAGGGCAGUGGCACUGGCGGUAGCGGUGGCUCUGGUUCUGGGUCCAACCGGGGCAAGCCAUACACCAAAGACGAGAGCAUUGCCGUGGCGAAGGCUUGGGAUGCUAUCACUUUGGACCCCGUGGUGGGCACAGAUCAGGCCGUGGGGAGCUUUUGGAGGCGCGUCAUGUUUGCAUACGAGGAGUUCAAACCCGACGGCGCCGAGAGGCGCGACCCAUAA